AUGCUCGACCAUCUCUCAACUCACCUGAACGUACCACUGAGUAUCGUGCUAAUCGGCUUGAUAUUCGUCCUCAAACGUCUCUAUUUUCACCCCCUAAGCAAAUUCCCGGGACCUACGCUCCCAUCAUUGUCUAGCUUUUACCAGUUUUACAUUUUCUGGACCCGCCGGGAGGGUGACUGGUACAGCGAGCUUCACGAGAAAUACGAUCAUGCAGCUGCCAAGCGUCGCUUCGGACAUGCCUAUUCCCUGCCGCGAGUUCGAACUCUUGAAAGUGCGUUCGACGAUCAAAUUGCCAAGUUCAUCUCGAAUCUCAGCGUCGCGGCCAACGAAACGCCAGUGGUCAAUGUGGGCCUGUGGAUCAUGUACUUCUCCUUCGACAUAAUCACAGCUGUUGCCCUCGGUACCCCAGUGGGCUUUAUGGACGCCAAGGGGGACGUUCGUGAUCUUAUUGCGAACAUGGAGGAGACAGCGGGUUUCCAGCAGCGGCUCUCCCUCUACCCGCCAAUCGGGGCAUUCGCACGAAACAAUCCAUUGGGACGCCGCCUGUUCGUUUCGACUGUGGAUGAUCAGCGGGGACUAGGAAAAUUCAUGGCGGAAAUACGAACCGUUGUUGAGCAGCGCCAAUCAGGUUCUGGCAAACCUCAAUAUGCGAACUCACUGCUUGAUCAAUGGCUCGCGUCAGCAGGGACGGAUGGCCAGGGAAUCCCGCGGCAGGAGAUCGAAGACGAACUCCUCAUGGGCAUGAUGGCCGGACCCGACUCCAUUGCCCUCAUGACGACGAAUCUGAUUUUUCUUAUUGCCAAUGACCCCUCGGUUUUCUCCAGGGCCCAAGCAGAGAUCGACAAUGCAUACACCCAAGGCCGCCUUUCUGGGCCCGUCCCCACCUAUGACGAAUGUCGUAACCUACCUUUUGUGACUGCCUGUGUUAACGAAGGUCUGCGCUACAUUGCCUCCACUUUCCCCCGUCGGAGAAGUUCUACACGACCCCUGCUCCUCGAUGGCAAGUACGUACCUGCUGGGACUUCCAUCUCAUCAAGCGCUGCUUCUAUUGGACGCCACCCGGCCAUCUAUGGAGAUCAAGCGGACCAAUUUCUCCCGGACCGAUGGCUGGACGCCUCGCCCGAGCAGCUGCAAGAAUGGGCCCGACUCGACGUCCAUUGGGGAGUGGGCGUGCGUAAAUGCCUCGGAAAGCACGUCGGGCUGAUGGCCCUGUACAAAACUAUCAUCAUGCUCAUUCGGGCGUUCGACCUGCGGCUAGAAGCCUCGACGUCGAUCAACCGGUGGAGCUAUCCGUCAUCAGAGAAACUUCUCAUUACGCAACGUAUCAAUUAG